AUGAUGGCAAAGCAGUCUGUGCUUCUCAUUGGUGCAACAGGCCGGACAGGCUCGAGAGCAACGACUUCGUUGACGGCCGUUGCUGGAGUACGCCCAUCGUCAGCGUCCAAACCCGAAGUGGGAGCGCUCAAAGCUCGUGAGGUCGAAGUCUGCCUCUUGGAUGUAGUUGGCUGGUCUGUCGACCAAAUCGUAGAGCCACUGAAGGGUAUCGACAUAGUCAUCUCGACCAUUUAUUUUAGAGACAUUCAGCACCAGAAGCACCUCGUGGAUGCAUGCAAGAAGACUGGUGUCAAGAGGCUCGUUCCAAAUGACUGGGGUACUGCUUGUGUUCGUGGCGUUAGGCAAUUGCAUGAUGAGAAACUUGCCGUCCAUGAUUACAUCAAGGAAAUUGGUCUCGGUUACACAUUUAUUGACGUUGGCUGGUGGUUAGUAAACGAUCUAUCAAUGUACUCUCUUGAGGAAUACAUCGAACUCCGUUACAGGAUGCAGAUAACUCUCCCGUACACGGAAACUUCUAAAUCUCCUGGAAUAGAAGGACCUAUCGAGACAUUCAUGAGGUCGUCUCUCAAGUCUUUCUACGGUGCGGGAAAUGCGAAGUGUGCCGUAACAGAUCGUCGCGACAUCGGCAAAUUCGUCGCACGUAUUCUCGCAGAUGAACGCACCUUGAACCAAUACGUCUUCUGCUGGACCGAAGAAGUAACGCAAACAGAGGUAUUUGAUCUCGCCGAACGCAUUGCGGGGCGUAAGUUGGAGAAAGUUCAUGUCAGCGCAGAGCAACUUGCCGAAAGGAUCCAGGAUGCUAAAGAAGGUAUCGAGACAAGUGAUUCAGAAUAUGCGUAUAGUAUUUGGAUUCGAGGGGACAACACUGUAGAGAAUGCGAAGAAAGAAGAAUACGGCAGUGCUCUCGACGCUAGGGAGCUUUAUCCAGAGUUGGGUAAAGAGCUCACAUUCCUGGAAGCUUGGGCUAGGGAGUUCUAA